ACAGGGUUUCACCAUGUUGGCCAGGCUGGUCUCAAACUCCUGACCUCGUGAUCCACCCGCCUCAGCCUUCCAAAGUGCUGGAAUUACAGGCAUGAGCCACCAUGCCUGGCCACAAAUUGUUAAUUAUUAUAACUCGCUGCUUGCCAUAAUGUUAACUUACAAAGCAGUCCAUGAGUUUGCUCUAAGGUUAUGCAUUGCAUACCUUAAAGAUUGUUGUCGAUGUUGUUUUAUGAAAGCUAUUCAGUAAAGAGUUUAUCUGGCUAAAAUAGACCCAAUAGAAAAAUUAAAAAGUAAAUAAAGUAAGAGUUUAACUAGUAUAUCAGGUGCCAGGAACUUCCUUAGCCCUUAGAUGCAUAAGUAGCAUUAUAUAGUGUUUGUGGGAAUCAUGGGUGAGCAUUAAGUACUAUCAGCAAAAAAACUAUGGAUUGAUGGUAAAAAUUAAGAGGAAAAUAAGAGAAAGGAACCACACUCAGGAAAAGUAAUAUACCUGAAGAGUGAUAAAGUAUCACACAGUGGCUCACAGACCACUUACUACAUGUUGAAUGGGAACCUCUUUCUAGUCUUUCUUCAUAAUUCGUUUCACAGCAUACCAUUUAUUAAGAUUUUUAAAAUGCAACUGAUGAUGAAUACAAAUUGUGAAAAGUUCAGACUUUUUAAAUUGUAACUUUAAAUGUCUACCAGAGCAAGUCAUAGUGAUGGUAAAAUAUAAGUAUUCAACAUCAAAGUUUUUCUGUAUUACCAUUCUCCUUUAUAUUCAUUGACAACUUCUGAAUUAGAAAAGUCAAUCUCUGAUGUCUUGUAUCUUCUGCAGUUCAGCCAUUAUUAACAGAACUCAAAACAUUUGAGGUUCUCAGCUAAAUUUUGAAGCCCGUUAAAUUUGAAGUUGGCCUGAAACUUUUGCUCAAAGUGAAUUACCCCUAUUUUAUUUAGGGUUUUUGCCUAUUGCAACUGAUUUUCCUUUAUCCACAGCUAUUCUACAUAAUGUUAUGCAGUGUUUGGUUGAAUCCUUAACACUUUUCUUGCACCUUCCCUGCGUGUAGUUUGUACUUUCUGCAGUUUGGGGUUCCUGUGUGGAUUUGAUUUGCCACAUUCCGGGACCUCAUUCCAAGUGAUUCUGUUCCACAGUUUGAUGAUGUUCACAGAAGCAGGGCACACUUAAUCACUGAGACUCAGCAUUUCAGCAGUUUGCAAAGGAAAGUGAUAUGAAGGGACAGCUGCAAGUAAGUCACAGCCUAGAUCUGAAGAGAUCAAGCACUCACUUCACUUGGAGGAAAGAGAGAAGGAAGGAAGCUGAGGACUUAGCAGGUCUCCACGUAUCACUGGACAGGCCAUGGCUCCACGGUCCCGGCGACGAAGGCACAGGAAACCUCCCUCAUCAGUGGCUCCCAUCAUCAUGACCCCAACCACAAUUGUGACUCCUAUGCCUCUGACCCCCUCAAAACCGGGCCCUAGCAUUGACACACUUGGCUUCUUCUCCUUGGAUGAUAAUGUUCCUGGCCUAUCGCAGCUGAUCCUUCAAAAGCUGAACAUGAAAAGCUAUGAAGAAUACAAGUUGGUGGUAGAUGGGGGUACCCCUGUAUCAGGCUUUGGAUUUCGAUGUCCUCAAGAAAUGUUCCAGAGGAUGGAAGACACAUUUCGAUUCUGUGCUCACUGUAGAGUACUCCCUAGUGGCCUUUCAGACUCCAAGGUUCUCCGGCACUGUAAGAGGUGCAGAAAUGUCUAUUACUGUGGUUCGGAGUGCCAGAGGUCAGACUGGCCUGCACACAGGAGGGUUUGUCAAGAGCUUCGUCUUGUGGCCGUGGACCGUCUCAUGGAAUGGCUUCUGGUCACAGGUGAUUUUGUCCUACCCUCAGGACCUUGGCCAUGGCCACCUGAAGCUGUACAGGACUGGGACUCCUGGUUUUCUAUGAAGGGGUUACACCUAGAUGCUACACUGGAUGCUAUGCUAGUCAGUCAUGCCGUGACCACCUUAUGGGCCAGUGUAGGACGGCCAAGGCCAGACCCAGAUGUCCUGCAGGGAUCUUUGAAGCGGCUGCUGACAGAUGUCCUGUCACGGCCCUUGACUCUGGGCCUAGGACUUAGGGCCUUGGAGAUAGAUGUUAGGAGGAUUGGGGGAAGCACAGUGCAUGUGGUUGGUGCUUCCCAUGUGGAGACAUUUCUUACUCACCCUGGGGACUAUGAUGAACUUGGUCACAUGUUUCCUGGGCACCUUGGACUCCGGGUGGUCAUGGUGGGUGUAGACGUGGCUAAUGGCUUUUCACAGAGCACCUCAACUUCACCCCUGAAACCUGGCACAAUUCAGCUUAGUGCCCACAGGGGUCUCUAUCAUGACUUCUGGGAGGAGCAAGUAGAGACUGGGCAGACAGACCAUCCAGAUUUGGUGGCGGCAUUCCAUCCAGGUUUCCAUUCCUCCCCAGACUUGAUGGAGGCUUGGCUGCCCACCCUGCUGCUACUUCGUGACUAUAAGAUUCCUACACUGAUUACUGUUUACAGUCAUCAGGAGUUGGUAUCCUCUUUGCAGAUUCUGGUGGAACUGGAUACACACAUCACUGCCUAUGGGGCUAAUCCUUUCAUGUCUCUCAAACCUGAACAGGUCUAUUCCAAUCCCAACAAGCAGCCAGUAUACUGCAGUGCAUAUUAUAUUAUGUUUCUUGGAAGCUCCUGUCAGCUGAAUAAUAGUCAAUUAGAAGAGAAAGUGGAUGGUGGGAUUUAAAUAGAUUAUGACUGGACAUCUGGAAAAUGGGGAGGUUGUGAUGAAAUUACCCUGCUAAUGCCAAAUUCUUGCAAACUUUGAAAAACACUAUAUUCUAAACCUCAUUCACUGUUUGGGUAAAAAUUCUAAGCUGAAUGAGAGUUUCUGUAUAACGUAAUUGGUGUCUUUCUUUUUUUGAGAUGGAGUCUUGCUCUGUUGCCUAGGCUAGAAUGCAGUGGUGCGAUCUCGGCUCACUGCAGCCUCCACCUCCUGGGUUCAAGCGGUUCUCCUGCCUCAGCCUCCCUAGUAGCUGGGAUUACAGGUGCACACCACCACACCUGGCUAAUUUUUGUAUUUUUAGUAGAGACAGAGUUUCGCCAUGUUGACCAGGCUCGUAUCAAACCCUUGACCUCAGGUGAUCUGCCUGCCUCGACCUCCCAAAGUUCUAGAAUUACAUGCAUGAGCCACUAUGCCCAGCCAAUGUAACCGGUUUCUAAGAGUUUAGCCACAGUAGCUUUUAGAGAUGGGAAAUUAGUUUUAGUGGAUGGGAAGAGGCCCUGAUGUUAGUCUUUCCAGAGCUUUUAGUUCCUAACACUUGCCUUUGUGAGGAAGUUUACCUUUUGACUGGAACCAGAUGGCACUGAGGAGAAGAAUGAGAACCACCUUAUUCUUCUGAAAAAGACUUUCUUCUCAUUCAGUAAUUUGGGCUAAAAAAUGGAAAGAUGUUGAUGACUUCAAGUGGUACAAGAAUGGACAAGUCAGGGAAGUCACUGGGAACAUGGAUGAGGUUGUAAGCAUUGGUAUACUGUCCUGUUUCCUGGCUUUUUUGAGAGAAAUGUCUAAUUUUCCUGUUUUCUCUUGGGGACUUUUGACCCUAGAGUAGCCCUGGUGUUGUAUUUGAGAUAUCCCAAGCUAUAUCAGACUUUACUUGAAUAUACUGGAGUUACUUUUUAUCCCCCAUUCUAUACCCCAAUAAACUCAGUUUGGGGCUUCUUAA